GCUAUCGGGUCCACCAACCCGGGAUUGCCUUAACCUUAGCACUGUCAUUCAGUAGGCACUGUAGCAAAGGCAAUUGAUUAAGCAAUGCUCCAGCUCCCAAUGCUUGGGGAAGUUGGGGGAUGGGAUUGUGCGUUUGCCCCCUUGGUACACAUUCAUCGCAAGCUCGCAUUUCGCUGUACAAAGUAGUCUCUUGACAUUCGGAAGCGACGCAUAGGAAACCAAAAAGGCGCCUGACAAUGUCUUGGCUCAUUUGGCAGUGAAUCCAUAUAAAUCAUCAUGCCCAGAUCUGCCCCAUGCGGCUUGCUACUUUAUCAAUGAAAAAACCCCCUAUCUUGAUUGGGGUCAGAGGAAUAGCCAGGCGUUUCUUGCCAAAAGGUGCAGCUGCAGCUUGCAGCCGGAUGAAGACGAUAUGAAGCCUCAAAAGAUUCAACAUGCUCAGGUGGAACCACUACCGCGACCCCUAACUCCACCUCCACCGUACGAUAUUUCAGAUAUACUAGACGACUACUUCCAGGAUCAGGAUGAAGACGGCAGAGGCGGAAAAGGUGACAGUGACGACAAGUUGAUCGAGAAGGCUGCCACCCUGGAGCUGGAGUCUCGACCACCUCUACCACCAAGACCAAACACUCUCCCCUUGAUACCCAGCGUCGCAGAGUCAAGCUCCGUCACAAGCACAGAAACUACCAUUCCUGAAGAGCCCGGGAGUUCAACUUCUUUCUGGAAGAAUGCUCUCGACGAGACAAUCUACUUCGCGGGUGGCUUGAUAUCUCAUCCGUUCGAGGCAACUAAGCACUUCAGUGUCCUGAGGCAUUCAUCCGGUCUGGUCUUCUACAAGGGUCCGUCAACCAGUGUCACAGUCACAAUCUUCUCCGAUGCGCCGCUUCCAUCAGAUAGGUCGCUAUGGCUCCAACGCAAAGGCUUUUCCGGCAAUAUGGGCAUGAACAUGAGCACCCUGCUCGGAACUUCUUCUGGUUGGAUUGACGUGACUCCAACUUACGAAGCCAUCCCAAGUGACGUGUCCGAAGCAGACGAACGGGCGUGGCAGAGGGAUAUCAGCAAACAUGCCAAAAAGACCGCCAAGGACAAGAAUUGGUCCAAGCAGACUGUUCGUGAGACGUGCAUCAUACGCAUUCCUGCAUCGGCUUCGGACGGUUAUCUCCGUCUGGUACUGUGUGCUGGUGAGAGCCGCAAGAAAGUUCUCUGUCCGAGCCCCGUCUUUCGCAUCGCCAGCACCUCCAGCGAUGUUAGUAUCUUUCGUGGCGCGAGCCUUUCUACCAUGCCCCUUGAGGCUGGUCUGAAAGCUGCGUCCGUGGUCGGCACGACCAUGGCCAACAGAUACAUCGGGCCCGCCAGGCUGCUUGUCGACAGCCGCGUGCAGAAGGUCGCGGACAAGUGCAAACCUGGGCUCGUCGUCAAGCAUGCCGAGCGUAUCGCGUACGCCAAGUCUGGCCUGCAAAGCAAGUUCGACGCCUUGGAGCAGAAUUUUGAUGGCGCUCGAGACGUAUCAUACGACCCUUUGCAUGCCCCGAUGCUGUCCGACGCCCCACCCGAAGUGGUCGGGGCCGACACGGGGCCGGAAAAGCCGUUUCCUGUCAAGCUCAGCGGAAUAGUUGUGCAAGGUGCCGGACAGAGAAGUAAUCAACUUGGCAUCCCAACAGCCAACUUGAGUGGUGUCCCAAGCGAUCUACUCCUACGACUAAAUGGUAUCUACAUGGGAUGGGCUCGCGUUGAACCUAAGCAAGGCACUGAGCAUAUCUCACGCGAGUGGCAUGAGGCCAUCAUAACGGUUGGACAAUCCCAAUAUGCAUCACCGCGGAUCGUUGGCAAGAAUGUCGCUACAGUGCACAUUAUCCAUAACUACCAGGGCGAGACUUUCUUCGGCGCGAAGCUCAAGACCAUGUUGAUGGCGUAUCUGCGACCGGCGCCAAGGGCAGAUCGGUCUCAACAACCCAUUGACAUUGGCAAAGCCGUAGCGCGGGAUAUCGACGUCACUCUUGCCAGCUUGAGUCGCGAGGCAUGGGGCGCAGAUCGCACUUAUGAAAGACUGGCAGCAGAGAAAUCUUCACGCACGAUGGUUGAUAAAUAUGUCCAAGUCAGAACGCAGAUUGAGAAGCAGAUCCACAGCGUGCCUAUGCACCUCGCCGGCGUUAGAACAACAGGAAUGGAAAUGAUUGAUCAAGCUAAUGGUCGGGGCGGUAUGUUCAUUCGACGUUAACUCGCAUGAUUUGUUGUUUGAUAUCAAGCGGUCCCGACGUUCCUCUCGGCCUACCAAACCUACAAGACAAUUUACAAUUUGUGAAGCGUCGCGCAUAAAGCAUGGUUAUUUGGCAAUCAAUGUUACCAGCAAGUUAAAUAGUAGCAUCGCAGAAUAGCAUACUCGGCGACGGCACGGUUGGGAGUCCUGUCGUGCAUCUAUCUAUCUUGAUUGAGGUUGACCACGACGUCGAUUUAAAUGAGGUUGGAAAUGAAUUUCGCUGCGUGGCAAAAAAAAAAAAAAAAAAGGAAAAUAAAGAAAA